CCGCACUAUCCUCUCACGUCAACCUAAUUGCGUCCCGAAGUGUCCCUAGUUAAACAAUCCGACCAGCCAGCCAGCCAACCAACUUCUUCUAUCUGUGAAUUUCAGAAGCUUGACUGUCACAUCCACUCACAUACUGCACCAUACUGCAACUAUCUCACCCUACCCUGUACCUAACGUUGUCCUCGUGACGACGUUGACUAUUGAGAUUUUUUUUCUAAGCCUGGUCUCUUUUCGAGCUUGGCCUUUUUUUAUCUCAAGCCUUGUCUUCUCGAAGAUACCGAAGUUACCCCUCCAACCUCGGACCUCAUUGCGCGUUCCAUCCAAAACCUUUCACCUUCCAACUUGAACAUUCAUUAUUACAUUUUCCUUGUUGGCAUUCAAAGCAAAGCAGUGACAGCCUUGCCGAUGCCCACCUUCCGCCGGCGCACCCAAUUUAUUCCGGCGCGCAUUCCUCUUUGUCAUGAACCCUUAACCCUCCGGGUGAACGCCUUAACGCCGUGACGCUGUGAAUUCUGCAUGUAUCCGUGCUUCGCUGGGGGUAACAGGCCAUAAAGCCAGUCAAUAUGGCUUCAAACAACCACCCGCAGGCCUCUAUACAGAACGGAUCCUCGAGACUAAACUUGAACCCAGCUCUCCUACUCAACCCCAAAGGCUAUGGAGCUCCAUCUCCAUCUCCUCGUCAAGAUGCCUCCAAUCGGGCUUUUAAUGGCUCGACCAAUCCAGCCGAUGUCGAGUUCCAGUUCGCCAACCCACAAGAUGGCUUCGCCGGUCCUAGCCAAUAUACCUAUACGAAUGAGCAAGCCUUACCUCAGUCGCACGAUUUCAGCGGUAUGAUCGACCGAAUGAGCAACGUCGAACAGCGUACGUUCGCACCUCAGACCAAACGCCGAAGGCUCGAAUCUGAAGAGAGCAACAGCCCAAUGCGCGGAUUUGGAAGUGGCGGUGGCGGUGAUAUUGGACAUUAUGUGAAGGAGGAGCGACAAAACGCAGCUAACCAACAGCUCCCUCUUAGCCGCGUCGAGACUGUAGACCUUACUGAUGCCAACGAAGAGAACGAUCUGGUAAUAAUACAGUCUGCUAGGGAAGAGGAAGUCUGCUACGGUAUGAUUCUUCACGCAAGGUUGAAUUGUCACGUUGUUCCGAGGCCAAAGUCCGGCGCCAUCUCCCUCAUGCCAACAUAUUGGCCUCAAGUGAAGAUUUUGCUCAAGAGAAAACUUGGCGAGGCUACCAACACGAUCCACGGCUGCGAUUACACGCGCCAAAUCGUUGGAACUGUUGACCCUGUCACCUCGUCCGGUCUCGCGGCACUCCUGGAUUCUCGCCUAGAGCUCAGGACCGACUGCAGAAUACCUACAAGGUUAAAACAGGCAGGAGAAGAAGAAGGGAAGGCUACAUCGAUAAGUUACACGCUAGACCUAAUGCUUUAUGGCCCCCGCAAGAGCGGCAAGACCGUAGCUAGACAUCUCGCCCAAAGGAACAUUUGGCUCCGUAAUCCUCCGAGAGUCGAACCUGGUAUCAAAUAUGAGAACCCGCAGCUUGUCGAAGGACCCAGGCCUCCGUCUGUGCUUAAGGAGCCCCCUAGGCCGGUCCCUGUGACUGUAGCACCCUCGGUGGUGCGUAAUGUCGAAGAAAUCCGCUCUGAAGUUAUGGGAGUCUUUGACUCCCUUACCAAAAGCGAGGAGCUUCCCGAGAUGGAACCCGGACCUCGGGUGCAGACGGACCUCCUCAAGCAUCAAAAACAGGGGCUUUACUUCAUGACGAACAAGGAGAAGCCUCGUCGAUUCGGCAGUGAUGGCAAGAUUGCAGAUUCAUUCUGGCAAAUUCGUCGCAGUAGUAGUGGCCAAAACAUUUACUACAAUGUAAUUACGGGACAGUCGCAACGCGAACCCCCUCCCGAGACUCUCGGUGGAAUCCUCGCAGAUAUGAUGGGUCUCGGAAAGACCCUGAGCAUUUUGUCUCUGAUUGCAAGUUCCCUCGACCAAGCUGAACAGUGGUCAACCCUCGCACCUGUUCAACCCCAGGCUCCUCCGAUGCCCAAGAAGAAGACCAGUUCUUCAGGUCAAUUUGAUGUGCCCACACCCCAACCACUAGCCUUGACCGAACUUAAGCAAAAUGGUAGAGCAACCCUUUUAAUCUGUCCUCUCAGUACGGUGGCCAACUGGGAAGAACAAAUUAAAGCCCAUAUCAAGCCCGGCCAGCUAUCACAUUACAUCUAUCAUGGGUCUAACCGUAUCAAAGACCCCAAAAUACUUGCCAAGUUCGACAUUGUUAUAACCACCUACGGAUCCGUUGCUAGCGAAGUGCAAGCACGUAAUAAGGGAAGACCAAGCCCGUGCCCCCUCGAGGAAGUAGGAUGGUUUCGUGUUGUCCUCGACGAGGCUCACAUGAUACGGGAACAAAACACUCUACAAUUCAAAGCUAUCUGCCGUCUACAAGCCAAUCGCCGCUGGGCCGUCACUGGUACCCCCGUUCAAAACAAGUUAGACGACCUUGCGGCAUUACUUGCCUUUCUCCGCCUGAAGCCUUUUGACGACAGGACCAAGUUUACACAGUAUAUCACAGCCCCGUUCAAAGUCUGUGAUCCCGAGAUUGUGCCUAAACUCCGAGUUCUAGUAGACAGUGUCACCCUUCGACGCUUAAAGGAUAAGAUAGACCUCCCUCCCAGAAGAGACGAGAUUAUGAGGCUAGACUUCUCUCCUUCCGAACGCAAACUUUACCAACUAUUUGAGAAAAACGCGCAAGAAAAAGUCCAGGUCUUGGCACAAGGCAGAGAGAAGAUGAUUGGCGGUAGGACCUACAUUCAUAUCCUCCAGUCUAUUCUCAGACUCCGUCUCAUCUCCGCUCACGGAAGAGACCUUCUCAGCAACGAGGAUUUAGAGGCAGUGCAGGGCAUGACCGAAGAUUCUGCCAUCAACCUUGAUAGUGACGAGGAUGAGGAGAAACCGGCACUAGCAGAAGCGAAGGCUUAUGAGGUUUUUGCGCUGAUGCAGGAGACCAAUAACGACGUCUGUAUAGCUUGCUCACGAAAGGUCAGUUCCAACGACAACGCGGAUAUAGCGUCAGAGCGUGAAGAGGAUAUCAUCGGGUACAUGAGUGCUUGUUUUCACAUUAUCUGUCCUAAUUGCAUCAAGAAUUGGGAAGAAGAAGUUGGCAACCAUGGAUCGGGUACAUGUCCCGUCUGCCAAGCUCACGUCCGCCUUACCUAUAAUGAAAUCCGCAAAAGCAAGACGGAAGUCGAGCACGAAGGACACGAUCAUGCUCAUAAGUCCGAGGGCAAAGUCCGAAGUAAGGACAACUAUGCGGAUUACUCUGGUCCCCACACAAAGACCUGUGCUCUGGUCGAAGAGCUGCUCAGGUCCAAAGCCGACAGCGAGGCCAAACCCGACGAGCUCCCGUACAAGUCAGUGGUAUUUUCGGCAUGGACAUCUCAUCUUGACCUAAUCCAAAUCGCCUUGGACGAUGCCGGUAUCAAAUACGUCCGCCUCGAUGGAAAGAUGAGUCGCACAGCCAGAACGGCUGCGAUGACUGAUUUCCGGGAAGAUAGAUCAGUACAUGUGAUACUGGUGUCGAUUAUGGCUGGUGGGCUAGGCCUCAAUCUUACGGCAGGAAAUUCUGUCUACGUAAUGGAGCCGCAGUACAACCCAGCGGCGGAAGCUCAGGCCGUCGACCGCGUGCACCGACUUGGACAGAAAAGACCCGUUCGCACCGUCAGAUUUAUUAUGCAGGGCAGCAUCGAGGAGAAGAUGCUCGAGCUCCAGGAGAAAAAGAAGAAGCUCGCCAGCCUCAGCAUGGACAGAAACCGGGUCAUGGAUAAGUCGGAAGCGGCAAAGCAAAAGCUCAUGGACCUGCGCAGUCUCUUUAGAUGAGUGCCGUGUUCUUGCUGCCGCUCCAAAGCCCUGUGAUUCUUGACGGGCAUGUCACGGCGUUCUCUAUGGGCGAGAGAGGUUAAAGGGAGGAAAUAGGUUUAUGUUGCAUUUGCGUGGCGUUACGGUUGCUUUUAUAAUGUCCAAAGACAUUGCUGGCGAGCAGGUCAUCGGCGUUCUUAUCCACGGGGUUAGAGGAUCACUCCCCGCACCUGGAUCCAAAGACGAGCAAUCUCGCGAAACGGCAUACGGAUAGGAUAAGGAGGGGGGGCAUUCUUGAAAGCGGGCUUUUUCUCAGGGUACAAUACCCGUUGAUUGAUGACGAGCCACAUUAAAGUAGUUGCUAUACACUAUUCCUUUUUUUCAGUUCAAGCUAUCAUGAUUACACCUCUCGAUACCAACUUAGCGGUUUCGUUUCGACGGGGGGAGGGGAGCUCAGUUCACCCCCUUACUCUUCGGACAAACCGAACGAUUUGCAUGAAUUGAUAUUAGAAUCUUACACUACGUUAACUGAUCACGUGCAAUGAUUUCUCUUUCCUCUUACUCCCGAUACUUGCGUACUAGGUAGGUUAAGU